CGCGCGUGCGCGGGGCCGCGGGGCGAGCGGGCGGGCGCGCGCGCACCUCCUCCCUCCCCGCCCCCACCCGGCGAAACCCGGCGGCACAAAUGGCGGCGCCCAUGGCCUCCCCGCGGCCCGUCACCCACCUGCUCUUCGACAUGGACGGCCUCCUUCUGGACACCGAACGGCUGUACUCGGUGGCGUUUGAAGAAAUCUGCGGUCGCUACGGGAAGAAGUACAGCUGGGACGUCAAGUCCCUGGUGAUGGGCAAGAAGGCGUUGGAGGCCGCGCAGAUCAUCAUAGACGUGCUGCAGCUGCCCAUGACCAAGGAGGAGCUGGUGGACGAGAGCCAGGCCAAGCUCAAGGAGCUGUUCCCCACCGCGGCCCUCAUGCCAGGGGUGGAGCGGCUGGUCCGCCACCUGCGCCAGCACCGGGUGCCCAUGGCCGUGGCCACCAGCUCGGGGUCGGUGUCCUUCGAGAUGAAGACCCGGGGGCACCGCGACUUCUUCGGCCUCUUCGACCACAUCGUGCUGGGCGACGACCCCGCCGUGCAGAGGGGCAAGCCGGACCCCGACAUCUUCCUCGCCUGCGCCGGCCGGUUCUCGCCUCCUGCACCCCCGGACAAGUGCCUGGUCUUCGAAGACGCCCCCAACGGGGUGGAGGCGGCCCUGGCGGCCGGGAUGCAGGUGGUGAUGGUCCCGGACGGAAACCUGCGCCGAGAGCUGACCACGAAGGCCACGGUGGUGCUGGCCUCCCUGCAGGACUUCCAGCCCCAGCUCUUCGGGCUGCCGCCCUUCGCGUGACGCUGCCCCGCCCGGCCCCCACGGUGUGAGACCCCGGCCGGCACCAGCAGGGGCAUCCCCCCACAUGCCCGGGGUCACCCAUCCAGCCUCAGACCUCCCGCCCCUUCCCUAAAUGCUGGCCGACCAGCCCGGCCUGUGUGGCUCAGUGGUUGAGCAUCGACCUAGGAAUCAGGAGGUCAGGGUUCGAUUCCAGAUCAAGGGCACAUGCCCAGGUUGCAGGUUCCAUCCCCAGUAGGGAGUGAGUAGGAGGCAGCCGAUCCAUGAUUCUCUCUCCCUCUCCCUUCCUCUCUGAAAUCAAUAAAAAUACAUUUUAAAAGUAUAUAUAUAAAAAAAAAUAAAUGUUGGCCAACGGCAACUUGUCCAUGGACAGAUUCAAAACAGCGGCAGCCCAGAUCAGAGAUCAGAACCGACCCACACGGUCUCGUGAAUGACCUGGGAACGCUUGCAUCUGAACAGCCGUGUGCUUAUCAUGUGCAUGGAAUGUACACGCUUGUACAUCCAUGUACAUGCUUGGUGGGAAUACACGUGUGUAUGCACGUGUGUGUCAGUAUACAUUCCUGUGCAUGUACAAUCCAUCCCCAAGACAAACAAAGUUAUACCUGUGUGUAUUUCUUCCUGCCCCCUGCCCGGCACCCCUGAAAUGCGGACACGUACACGUAUGUGCCUUCCUGUGCACCUGCGCGUGUCCGUAUUUAUGUCCGUUCUGUGCUCCGUCACCAGUGGCUGCCGACAGCAGCGCGGUGGCCCUUCUGUGGGUGUGGCAAGCCGCGCGUGAAACCAUGUCACAGCUGAGCCUUAGGAAUUCCACCUGCUCGUUGGCACACGCUGACACGCCGACUCCUGGACAUAGCAUGUCUGCAUAGCGUGUCCAAUGGGGCAGGCAUGCUCUCUACCUCCAACAGUUGUUUUUUUUGUAUUUUUUUGGUGUGAUCUUUUGUUGUUGUUUUUUACGGAGCUACUAAACCCAAGACGGCCAGCGUUCACAUGGAGAUAUUUUGUUAUAGAAAAAAAAAAACGGGGAAGAUGCGAUCAGAGGUGUCCCCACCACCUGCCCCCUUCCCUGUGGUCCCCGUCGCUGUCCGUCGCGGGAAACCCGUAGCCGCGUCCGGAGGGUCCGGGGGGAUGACGUCUGGCCAGGAUGGGCUCAGUUUAGCAUGUUCAUGUCUGUUCUUCACGUUCUCUUUCGACUGGCGGCCGCUUGUAACAUCGUCCUGGUUCCCUCGCCGGUGAAUUUACUUGAAUAAAACUUUUCACACCCGCUGACGUGAUGUUUGUAUGAAAGUAUGAUUUUGCCUUUUCUUUUAAAAAUACAAACAAAUAAAAUUGUCCUCUAAGAAAUGUACAACAUAA